UCCAAUGUACAUGUACCCUUGAAGAUUGUUGUAGUUGGUGUCACUCAAACAAACAUCCAAAAAAGAAAAAUGGUAACCAGAAACAAAAAGAUCGGAAAUGGUUCAAUCUUCUUCAUUUACUUGUUUCUUCUUUCUAUCUUAUUGAUCACCAUACAAGACACAACUGCACAGCCACAACCAGAUUUUGUUUAUAAAUUCUGUUUAGGAGAUAAUUACACUACUGGCAGCACAUUCCAAGCUAAUCUCAAUCGCCUUUUUCCUUCAAGCAUCCAAAAUAGAUACUAUAACGCCACCAAUGGCCAAAGCCCGGAUAAUGUUUACGGAUCUUUACAGUGUCGAGGUGAUAUCCAGCAAGAUGAGUGUCAAAGUUGUGUAGAUUUUGCUAUUCAAGAUUUCAACAAAACGGGUAGAUGUCCAAAUUCUAAACAAGCGAUUAUUUGGUAUGAGAAAUGUAUGCUAAGGUAUUCUAAUCAAAAUUACUUUAAUAUUAUGCAAGAGAGUCCAGGGGUUUACUUGUGGAAUCCUAAUAAUGUUUCUAAUCCGGAACAGUUUAACCUGAUUUUAGGUGAGUUAAUGAACGAUUUAGCAGGAAAAGCUGGGUCUAGUUUUUCUACUAAUUUUGCUUCUGGAAAUAGAAGCUUUGAUGAUUUUCAAAGAGCAUAUGGAUUAGUAGAAUGUACUCCAGAUAUAUCUUCAGGAAGUUGCAAUAGGUGUCUUUCCGGAGCUAUAUCUGACAUACCAAAUUGUUGUGAUGGGAAACAAGGUGGGAGAGUUAUUAGACCCAGUUGUAAUAUUAGAUAUGAACUAUAUACCUUCUUUGAGUCUACGGUUAUUCCUCCUCCACCACCUCCUUUACCUUCUCCCACACCACCAUCGUCAACAAAUGCGCCAGUACCAAAUGAAAAUAGGAAUAACUCAUCCAAACUUACUAUCAGUAUAGUGGUUCCUUUGGUUGUCGCUGUGCUUCUUGCCCUUGCCUUGGGGUUCUUCUGUUUCCAAAGAAAGAGAACACAGAAAAACAAGUAUUCCUAUGUGGAUGAUGAGACUCCAGUCAGUACAGCAGAAUCUUUACAUUUCAACUUCAGUACAAUAAGUGCUGCAACAAACAAUUUCUCGGAAGCUAAUAAACUUGGAGAAGGCGGAUUUGGUUCUGUUUACAAGGGGACACUUCCCGAUGGGCGACAAAUAGCCGUGAAAAGGCUGUCGAAAUAUUCUGGUCAAGGUGACCUAGAGUUCAAGAAUGAAGUUACAUUAGUAGCUAAACUUCAACAUAGAAAUCUUGUGCAGCUUAUUGGUUUCAGUCUAGCCGGUGAAGAAAAACUACUCAUAUAUGAAUUCAUGCCAAAUGCCAGCCUUGACCAAUUCCUAUUCGAUCCAGUUAAAUGCACACAGCUGGAUUGGGAAAGACGAUACAAGAUAAUUGCAGGGGUAGCAAGAGGACUUGUCUAUCUCCAUGAGGAGUCCCGACUUAAAAUUAUCCAUCGGGAUCUCAAAGCCAGCAAUAUAUUGUUAGACAUGGAUAUGAAUUCAAAAAUUGCAGACUUUGGCAUGGCUAGGAUUUUUGUGCAUGACCAAACUCAAGAGCGUACAAGCAAAAUUGUUGGAACGUAUGGCUAUAUGGCUCCAGAGUAUAUAAUGCAUGGUCAUUUCUCAGUGAAGUCAGACGUUUUUAGUUUUGGUGUCUUAAUAUUAGAGAUACUUUGUGGACAGAAGAACAGCAGUUUUCAUCAAUCUUCUAUUGCUCAAGACCUUCUAAGCUAUGUAUGGAGACAUUGGAAUAACGGGUCUGCUAUAGAAAUAUUAGAUCCAACAUUAAAAGACACAUGUUCAAGAAGUGAAGUGAUGAGAUGCAUCCAUGUUGCGCUAUUAUGCGUUCAAGAAGAUGUCGCAGAUAGACCCACAAUGCCCACAGUUAUCCAAAUGCUCUACAGCUACUCUGCGACUGAUCCUGCUUUACCUUCAGCGCCUGCGUUUUUUAUUGGGAGUACCGUAAAUAUGGAGCCCCAGUCGAACUUAGUCUACAGCGAAGAGCAAGGAAGCUCGAAGAACGAGUCAGUGGUCAGUGAAGUAGCGAUGGGGAGCGUGAAUGAAGUUACAAUUACAGAACUAGACCCUCGAUAAUGAUAUAUACCACUACAUUUCCAGAAUAUAUGAUCUUGUUCUUUUGUCAUUUUUUUUUGUUGGUUGGCAUGCUAUAGGUUCUUUUUUUUUUUUUGGCAUUACCUAGUUUUUUUUAUCAUUAUUCAUUCAAGAAGUGGAGAUUUCACAAUAAUGCUUAUAAGUUGAUAUGCAAUUUACAGAGGAUUA